GGCGGGCUGGCACAGUGCAGACGGACUGGAGUGGAUCCGUGAUGCGAACAGAUGCCGCUGGACCAUGAGAGAAAGUGGAGUCAGACGCACUGAGCCGCAGCGAUAAGACAGCCCGCCGCAAAAUGAAGACACCUAUGCGCCAUGGGAUAGCGGUGCUUCUCGUGCUUCUCCUGUGCGCCAGCUUGUUCCUGGUGUACAACGGCAGCUUCAACGGCGCUUCCAGGGACUCUAACGACACUCACAUCCGAAAGCAUGAACAGCUGCGGCGGCCCACUGAAGCCUCCGUCAGGGUGGCCAAGCCUCAUCCCCCGGUCCUCCAGGGAUACAGUGGCAUCAUCGACCAUAAGCCUCUCAGGAUGCACUGCCAGACCUGCGCCCUGGUGACCAGCUCAGGUCACCUUAUCGGAGGUGGCAGGGGUGAAGAGAUCGACCGGGCCGAGUGCGUCAUCCGCAUGAACGAUGCCCCCACCGCCCGGGGUUACGCCCACGACGUCGGCCGCCGCACAUCCCUGCGCGUCAUCGCUCACUCCAGCAUGCAGAGGGUCUUGCGGAGUCGCCACGAGCUGCUCAACGCCAGCCAGGACACGGUGUUCAUCUUCUGGGGCCCCAGCAGCUACAUGAGACGCGAUGGGAAGGGCCUAGUAUACAACAACCUGAGACUGAUGAACCAGGUGCUGCCCAAACUCAAAGUCUACAUAAUCUCCUGGCAGAAGAUGCUGCAGUUUGAUGAGCUCUUCAAGAAGGAGACGGGCAAGGACAGGAGGAUAUCAAACUCCUGGCUGAGCACCGGCUGGUUCACUAUGACCAUCGCCCUGGAGCUGUGCGAUAGGAUCAAUGUCUACGGCAUGGUUGCCCCGGACUUCUGCAGGGAGCCUCAGCACCACUCCGUUCCCUACCAUUACUACGAGCCACGUGGUCCGGAUGAGUGCGCCAUGUACAUUUCGCAUGAGCGCGGGCGGCGGGGAAGCCACCACCGCUUCAUCACGGAGAAGCGGGUCUUCGCCAACUGGGCACGGACUUUUGACAUCCACUUCUACCAGCCGGACUGGAGCCCCCCACCGCUCCCAGCCAACCGGACGGUGGAGGGGACGGUCACAGCGGCGCCCCUGGUACCCCAGAAGACGUGACUGGUGUCUGGGUGAAGAAAAAUGCUUUAGAGUUUCAUCUCAGAAAGGAUGAGGAACAUUUGCACUGAGGGCUUCCGGACCCUAAACAGAAAGGAUAAAACAUGAAGUAGGCAAGAAAGUAGUUACCACAGAUUUAAUAACUGGGUCUUGAUGAUCCUGCUGGACAUUUUUACGAACAUUUCUCCAGCUCCACCACUGCAGCUCCAGCAGUGUGCUUUGUUUACGGAGGUGAAGCACUUCAAAGUUGUACGUCAGUUUUUGAAAACCUUGUAAAGUGAGGGUAAUACACUGGAGGCAACAUCAUUACACACUCCACUCUCAAUGCAUGCAUGCAGUGUCUUACUGUGGAUCCUCCUUGUCUUUGUGCAUACGUGUGUGUGUGUUUGUGUGAGAUAGUGUGUAUGCAUAUGUUUACUAGAGGGAUGACAGUGGGUACAAACUUGAGUUUGGGCUCUUCACAAAGCCUCUGUUGGAUGACGGAUCUAUGCAGGACUCACUGCUUACAGUUCACUGAUAGAAAAAACUUUUACAAUGCCCUUAAUCUAAGUGCUGGAGACGAUGUAUGCUGAAUCCUAAAAAUACUUACGCUUUUGUUAAAUUUGGCCCUUUUUAAAGUAUGAAUUGUAACUGUAACAGUUUAUAUUCUCCUACGAGCAAGUUGGAUGAGAUUCUUUAGACUGCUGUGUCAUGCAACAAAGGCUUAAACUCCGUCAAAGCAAGUAUUCACUUCCCCGACUUUAAUUUAUACUGCCUUUCAGUGUGUGAAUUGUCACCCAAGUCAAACUUUGCAAUGCUGCACUUUCUGAAUGACAAGUGUGUAACAUUAACCCAGAGGUUUUAUCUCAUGCGUGUGCCCCCCCUCAGCCCUCUAUGUAUGUAUCAUAAGGCUUUGUCGGCUCCUGUCAACAGUUAAUAGCGCGAUUUAUAUAGCUACAAGCUGGAUUUCCAUGUAAAUGCACAGCUGUGUCACACAAGACAAGUGGGAGAUUAAGAUCGAGAGCAGGGAUGUAGUAGCAGCAUCCAUCCUACUAUAUUCAUCUGCUGCUGCUUCCGAGAGCCUCAAUCGCCUCGCAGGAGAAUUACACCGUUUUUUUGUUAAACUGAUGAGUAUGUGAUCUGUCACUCUUCUCCUUUCUCAAUCCCGAUUGUGUUUUAUGUGCCUCUCAUUUGAUGGAGUAUAUUCUGCUUGUAGACUGCCCCUUUCUCUCUCUGAGAUCCUCUGUUUUCCCCUGUUUUCCCCUGUUUUCCCCUGCUCUCCUUGAAUAAGAAUCCGAUUGUCAGUCUGGACAAAGUGAUGAGACGUGCGGUUAUAGUAAUGAUACAUCCUUGUGCUCAAUCCCCAUUGAUUUUGCCCUCAUCUCUGUAAUGUGAGUAAUGAGAAGAGAGAUGCUAUGGGUCAGAUACAUACAACACGAGAAUGUGUUUCACAUCAUGUGGUGGAGAUGAAGACCCGUCUGCUUUGCUGCAGCAGAGGUGCUACUGCACUGGCUCAGAGUCGUGCUGCUACAUUUGUACGGUAGGAAAGACCAAGACGUGUGUAUGUUUUCCAGAGAUGUUGACUCAUCUGCGAGCAGCUGUGCACAGUGGUCUGUAUUAGCAAAGUGAUAAGCACUUGAAUAUCUUUGUUUUUUGCCAAAUGAACUGAAUCACAGUAUGUUGUUUAGGGCGGCAACUACUAACUGUUUUUGUUUGAUGAAUUGUUUGGUCUUUAAAAUGUCAGAAAAUUGAAGAAAAAUGCCAAUCACAACUUUCUCAGAGACCAAGGUGACAUUUUCAGAUUGCUUGUUUUGUAAAAACAUCAGUUCAAAACCUUAAAGGUAUUCAAUUUACAAUGAGAUAAAACGCAGCAGAUCCUUACAUGUGACAAGGUGGCAAUUUGAAAUGUUUUCUUCAUAAAUAACUUUAAGGAAUGUUUUGAUACGUUGUAAAAUUAUUUCUGUUCUUUCAAAGUUAGGUGAAAGGAUUGAUACAGUUUUCAUGUCUGAACAGUAAAAGCAGACAGCAGUCGGUUAGCUUAGCUUAGCAUAAAACAGGAAGCAGCAAACUGCAGUUCUUUAGCCUCUCUUAAACGUUGCAAUACACAUUAUGUCCUUUAAAAAACAUUGCAACAUGUAAUGGAGUUUUCAAUGUUUUGAUAGUAAAGGUUGCUGACCGUGGUAUAAAUGAUCAAAUAAGACAAUUCACUGUUUUACUGACUGUUUCUUGAUUCCAGGAAGUUCCGGAUCCCAGCCAAGCACAUAAUCCCCCAUAAAAAGUUGAAUUGUCCUUUUUACCUUUACACUAGUUUUUGACAACAAACAAUAUCUAAUAUAUUUAUUAGCUGUAAAGGUGCUGGUGGAUUUUGCUAUAUUGGACGGGGCGGGACCAAUUAUUUUACCCCGUUUCCAGUUUUGAUGCUAAGCUAAGAAGCUGCUAACUGCAGUUAUAUAUUUGUGUUAUCAACUGUGGUAUCAAUCUAAACAAUCUCUAAAUUAUAUUUCCAAAAUAUCAAACUAUUCCUUUAAAUCGAUUAAUCGGUUAUCAAAUAAAAUUUUAUGUUAAUCGACUAAUUGACGAAUCAUUUCAGCGCUAAUGUUGAUCUGUUUUCUUCUCU